AAAAUGGCGGCCUCGCUUAGCUUCAAGAGAUCCGAUAGCGUCGCCGAGAGCAUGCCAGAGGCUCUCAGGCAGAGCAGAUACCAGAUGAAGCGUUGCUUUGCAAGUUACGUCUCCAAGGGGAAGAGACUGAUGAAAAACCAGCAGGUGUUGGAGGAGCUAGAGAAAUCAAUGGAUGACAAGGUUGAAAAGACUAAGCUCAUGGAAGGUCUACUUGGCUACAUCAUUUUCUCCACCCAGGAGGCGGUGGUUCUACCGCCAUUUAUGGCGUUUGCAGUUAGGCCUCAUCCAGGCAUCUGGGAGUAUGUGAAGGUGAACUCGAAUGACUUGUCCGUUGAUGGAAUAACAGCUGCUGAAUACUUGAAGUUAAAAGAACUGAUUUUUGACGAGAAAUGGGCAAUGGAUGAUAAUGCACUGGAAGUAGAUUUUGGAGCAUUUGAUCAAUCAACACCUCACCUCACAUUGCCCUCAUCUAUAGGAAAUGGUACACAGUUCUUGGCAAGAUUCUUAUCAUCCAAGCUCAAUGAGAAUUCUGAAAGCAUGAAGCCAUUGCUGGACUAUUUGCUAGCUCUGAAUUACCGGGGAGAAAAUCUUAUGAUCAAUAGCACAAUCAACACUGUUAACAAGCUUCAGACGGCGCUUCUUUUAGCUGAGGUGUUCGUUUCUGGCCUUGCAAAAAAUACACCAUUUCAAAAGUUUGAGGAAAGAUUUAUGGAGUGGGGAUUGGAGAAAGGAUGGGGUGAUACUGCAGAGAGGGUAAAGGACACGCUUAAUUGGCUCUCAGAGGUUCUUCAGGCACCUGAUCCAGUGAGCAGGAUCCCCGCAAUAUUCAGCAUUGUGAUCUUCUCCAUUCAUGGCUAUUUUGGGCAAGCUGAUGUUCUUGGCUUGCCAGAUACUGGUGGUCAGGUGGUAUACAUUUUAGACCAAGUUAGAGCGAUUGAGGAAGAAUUGCUGCUUAGGAUUAAACAACAAGGGCUAUCAAUAAAACCACGGAUUCUUGUGGUCACAAGACUAAUACCUGAAUCAAAGGGAACUAAGUGCAAUCAGGAGCUUGAGCCAAUUCUAGACACACAGCAUUCUCAUAUACUUCGUGUACCUUUCAUGACAGAAAAUGGUGUUCUAAAGAACUGGGUAUCCCGGUUUGAUAUAUACCCUUAUCUGGAGAGAUAUGCUCAAGAUGCUUCUGAGAAGAUUCUAGACCACUUGGAAGGAAAGCCGGAUCUGAUAAUUGGAAACUACACUGAUGGUAACUUGGUUGCUUCUCUCAUGGCAAGUAAGCUUGGAAUAACUCAGGGAACAAUUGCACAUGCUCUCGAGAAAACUAAGUAUGAGGAUUCAGACAUCAAAUGGAAGCAAUUAGACCAAAAGUAUCACUUCUCAUGUCAAUUCACCGCUGACAUCAUUGCCAUGAAUUCUGCUGAUUUCAUUAUCACGAGCACCUACCAAGAAAUAGCUGGAAGUAAAGACAGACCAGGCCAAUAUGAGAGCCAUAAUGCAUUCACUCUUCCUGGACUAUGUCGAUUCAUUUCAGGCAUCAAUGUCUUCAAUCCCAAGUUCAACAUAGCAUCCCCAGGAGCAGACCAAUCAGUUUACUUCCCACACUCACAGAAGCAAAAACGCUUAACCAACUUCCAUCCUGCUAUUGAAGAACUGCUAUAUAGCCAAACGGAAAAUGAUGAGCAUAUUGGAUAUCUGACUGAUAGGAAGAAACCAAUCAUUUUCUCAAUGGCAAGACUAGACACAGUGAAGAACAUAAGUGGGUUGACUGAGUGGUAUGGCAAGAACAAGAGAUUAAGGGAACUUGCAAACCUUGUUGUGGUCGCAGGCUUGUUGGACACCUCAAAAUCCAAGGAUAGAGAAGAGAUAAAUGAGAUAAAGAAGAUGCAUUCCUUGAUUGAGAAGUACCAACUGAAAGGUCAUUUCAGAUGGAUAGCAGCACAGACUGAUCGGUAUAGAAACGGUGAGCUAUAUCGUUGUAUUGCUGAUAGCAGAGGAGUUUUUGUGCAGCCUGCUCUUUAUGAAGCAUUUGGGCUCACAGUCAUAGAAGCAAUGAACUGUGGUCUACCAACCUUUGCAACUAACCAGGGAGGCCCUGCUGAGAUUGUCAUCGAUGGCAUUUCUGGAUUCCACAUUAAUCCAAAUAAUGGAGAAGAAUCGAGCAAUAAAAUAGCAGAUUUUUUUGAGAAAUGCAAGGAGGAUAGCAGUUACUGGCACAAGUACUCGACGGCCGGACUCGUGAGAAUAUAUGAAAGCUACACCUGGAAGAUAUAUGCCAACAAAGCACUAAAUAUGGGAUCCAUAUAUGGCUUCUGGAAACAGCUGAACAAGGAAGAGAAGCUUGCAAAACAAAGAUACAUCCAAAUGUUCUACACUCUCCACUUCAGAAGUUUGGUGAGAAUCAUGCAGUCAUCAAGCACAGUAGCAUCCCAACUGGAAAGCUCGGUGCCGCAGAAGAUAUUCAAUGUGAUUCCUCAGCCUCGACGUCAGCCACCCCCUCAGAGGAAGGCAGAGUCAAGGAUACAAAGGGCCAUAACAGAAUUCUUCCAUAAGAGGGCGCCACCAGAAAAGCCAACAGGACGUAAAUUAUGAGCAGAUGGGGAGACUAGUUUUCAGUGUGAAUCUGCCGAAGUAUAUUGUGCAAAAUAUUUUCUUUUUUAUUAAUUACUUGAUUGUCUUUGUAAAUGAAUAAGUAAAU